GGAUUUAGAGGUUCACCCAUAAUUGCAGGGACAGACCAACCACUGUAAUUGCUGCACCUACUACUCGUGGAUUCUAUUUCUGCGUUGGUUCGAGUGAAGUCGCUUGAAUUCACGUCGUUGGUUUGUCGACCAAAGUUUUCUUCAAGAAAGAGGUGCUCCAGUUUUUGUGAUCCAUCGAGGAUGCGAUGGGUGGCUCGUUGGUCGACCGGCAAAUCCAUGGCCGGUCACCGUCCUCGUGCGUUCGGGAAUAGUAGUCGUCGUGGUAAAGUAAUCGGGUAGUUGCACCUUUUCAACUCGUCUUAUUCUUGUUAUUUGGGCAGUAGCAGGAAAAGGUCGCGCGUAUUGAUCGAGUUAUUUGGGCCGAGACAUAUGUGGGGAAUGGGUCCAUCAAUCCUUGUGGGAAAGGGAGAGGUUUUGACUUGGUUCGGGCACGGCCCAGUAGUUAAAGUUGAUCCUGUUGAUAAAACACGUAACGUGGAAAUCCAUCAAUUUUGAGCCAUCGCCUGGGGGCCGAUGCGGCUCGGUUCGGAUCCUUAUGACGGGGAUCUCCCUUGGGCGUUCCUCGAGCCCGCUGAGGUGGUCGGGUGCGAUGGUCCGAUCGGGACGGGGUCGUCGUUUCCUCCGGGCAGGAACUCUUCGUCUGCACGUCCAACGGGGACCUUCGGCUUCGCACCUACACAAAGGUCGAGCCAGGGUGCUCAGCCCGACCCCUCCGACGAUCAAGUCAGAUGAUGUGACUGGGGUUUCAGAUGAAGAAGUCUUUUUUUUGUGUAUGUUUCUCCCUCUCCCUCUCGUUCAGAAUGCGAGGGUAUUUAUAGGAAAGCUUACUGUUUCCUGAUGUGCCCGCUUGCAGGGGGCAGGCUGGUAGCGUCUGACACUGGUGUUGGCGUGGCGUGAAGAACCGAGCCUGAGCAAGCGUUCUGGUCCGUUUGACCAGGUGUUGUCGCGUCGAUCGAGGCGUGAGGCGUUAUCUGACGUCAGUCGAGUCUUAUCAUAAUUACUAUCCUCAUCAUAUUCCCCCCCGGAAAGAAGCUAUGCAUCGGUCGUUGUAACGGGAGUCCGAGGCAUGGCUUCAGCUUUCAAGCGGGCUGGCCGCGCAGGUGUGCCUCGAGGAGCAUGGGGCCGACAAGCACAAUGCAGGCGGGCUAGCCGCGCAGGUGUGUCUCGGGAGGCAUGGAGCCGAGGAGCACGACGCAGGCGGGCUGGCCGCGCAGGUGUGUCCGGGGGAGCAUGGGGCCGAGGAGCACGACGUAGGCGGGCUGACCGUGCAGGUGUGUCUCGGGAGGCAUGGAGCCGAGGAGCACGACGCAGGCGGGCUGGCCACGCAGGUGUGUCCAGGGGAGCAUGGGGCCGAGGAGCACGACGCAGGCGGGCUGCGGCCGAGGGAUGCGGCUUAGGCAGGGAGGCCGCCCUAAGGGGAACUCGGCAGUCUACGGCCGAGAGAUACAACUCAGGCGGGGAGGCUGCCCUGAGGGGAACUCGAUGGUCUACGGUUGAGAGAUACAGCUCAAGCGGGGAGGCCGCCCUGAGGGGGGGGCUCGGCAGUCUACGGUCGAGGGACAUGGCUCAGGCGAGCAGGCCGCGCUGAGGUGUACUCGGCUAGACUGCGGCCGAGCCGUGUAGAUACCGAAGGGGGUUAGGUUGGAGCUAACGGCGAACCAGGAGGCAGUUAGGUAGAUACUGAGCCUUUGCUCGGAAGACACUGAGGCAGGGCCUAAAUUCCUUUUACGAGGACUACCUCGGAUAGCCACCGCGGGUGCUUGACUUCUUCUAUGGAGACUACUACCAGAAGUUGUCCCUUCUCCUCACGGCCGCCCAGGCCUCCGCCGCGAUGUACCGGUUAGCUCGCUGGAGCAUCUCUGGCACCGUGGUGGGAGGUCGCUCCACGAGGGACCAGAGGAAUCCGGAAGGUCGCAGGCCUAUCAUAAACGUCUGCACUAACAGAGAGAGGUGAGUGUCCGGUAAGCCCCAGAUUUGCAUGGCAAAGCAAUCCACAAAAUGUGAGAGGGGCUCGUCCUCCCUCUGGUUGAGUUCGAGGAGAAGCGUCGCGGAAGGCUUCGGCCGUGCAUAGGCCAUGAAGUGGAGGUCGAAGUCCUUGACGAGCUGGUCGAAGGAUGCGAUCGUUCCGUCAUACCACGCGUGGGUCGGCCCUCUCAGAGUGGUGGGAAACGCCCUGCACAUCAAAGCGUCAGAGGUUCCAUACAACGCCAUUUGGGCGCGAAAAGCGGCUACAUGGUCCGCGAGGUCGGUUGCGUCGUCAUAUGCAUCCAAGGAGGGGAGCCGGAAGUCCGGGGGGACUGUCUGAUCCCGUAUCUCGGGCGUGAAGGGAGAUCCCUGGUGUGCGUCCUCCCCGAGCUCUCCCUUGGACCUAUGAAGCUCAUCCUGCACCUCGUCAAGUCGUUGGCUGAUGAAGCGCAAUUGGGCCCGUGGGGAGUCCGAAGAGAAUGUCUUGGGUUCCGGACGACCGCUCGGGUUUUUCAUCGCUCGAUCCUCGAGUGGGGCCGGUCGAACCCGAGGCGAAGUAGGGAAUUCCGGAAGUGUCGUGUGGGCCCGAACGGGCGCCUCGUGUUGUCGUAGUGGUUGGAUCACAGGCGGAUGCGCCGAAUGAGAGACGAGCGGGAUAAUGGUUUGCACCAUACCCAUCAGAGCUCGGACUUGAAGGACGAGGUCCUGAAAGUCCUCGGAUGAUACGAGCGACAGGUCGACGGGGGCAUCGCCGGGCGACGACAAGCCCGGGUUGUUGAAUAUUUGCCAAUAUCAUUUUGAGGUCGUGGUAGGGUGUUCGUCACGAUGAUCUCCGUGCGGGGGAUGUUCCCCUGAGGCUCCAAUCGGGUGCGACCUCUUAGCCGCGGGCUCAUCUGAGCUGCUCGGGUGAUCACCCAAUAUUCCGGGCCCUCCUUCUAGCGCCAAUUUGUUGUGGGAAACAACCUUGAGCCAUGGCCUCGGGGCUAACGCGACUCAGUUCAGGUCCGGACGACGGGGAUCUCCCUGGGGCGUUCCUCGAGCCCGCUGAGGUGGUCGGGUGCGAUGGUCCGAUCGGGACGGGGUCGCUGUUUCCUCCAGGCAGGAACUCCUCGCCUGCGUGUCUGGCAGGGAUUUUCGGCUUUCACAAAGGUCAGGCCGGGGUACUCGGCCCGACCCCUUCGACGAUCAAGUCAGAUGAUGUGAAGGAGGUUUUAUGUGAAGAAGUCUUUUUUUUGUGUAUGUUUCUCCCUCUCCCUCUCAUUCAGAAUGCGAGGGUAUUUAUAAGAAAGCUUACUGUUUCCUGAUAUGCUCGCUUGCAUGAGGCAGGCUGGUAACGUCUGAUAUUGGUGUUGGCGUGGCGUGAAGAACCGAGCCUGAGUAGGCGUUAAUGCUCCUCAGCCGACGUUCUAGUCCAUUUGACUAUGUGUUGUCGCGUGAUCGAGACGUGAGGCGUCAUCUGACGUAAGCUGAGUCUUGUCAUAAUUAGUAUCCUCAUCGGAUUCCCAAUCUCCCGUCAAAACAAAAAAAUCUAAUUAAUUAAUUAAUCGUCCAAUUAAAAAUUGAUUACAUGAUAUGUACGUCGUGAAAGGACUCUAAUCUUGUAGGGCCAAUCGCUGAGAUCUUUUAUCUGCUCGACACCGAUGUCCGAGAGAUUGGACCCAUGUUGGAUUCAAAUCUCCAACGUGUGGACAACUAAUAUCUAACUUAUCGACGUUAAUCUCUUAAUUCUUGCGAGCCACCCGCUGAGCCGUGACGUUCGGUGCAGUCCGUAACUUCACGCAUCCGAAGAAAAGGCUUUAGCGUGACUUAGGCGAUGUAUUUUGGGUGGAUGGAGUGUGAACCAUAGCCUACUUGUCUUGCAAACUUUCCCUCGGUGGACGUCCACGUUGGCAGUCGCAAUAGUCUCUUCAUCUGAUUCGGCUGUAGCGUUCGUCGUUUGUGUGGUGGAUGGGUCGGAACGCCAUCAACUCCCUCACCCACCUUUUCUCGAAGAGACAUCUCAUCAUCUGUUUACAGUGCUCGACAUAAUGACAGUCGCGUCGGCUCUUCCCUCAGCCACCCACCGCACGACGUGACUGCCUCUCCAUCCUCGCGUCGUCCGGUGAGUUCGACUGUACGAAGGCCGCUGUUACAGCCAGCGACAGGCCACGCACCACUCCGGCGAACGGGCAUGUCAGGAGCUCAAGCCCACUCCUCCCAUUGGCCUCGUCUUCCGUGGACCCCGCCCAGCGUGAGGCCGAGGCCCACCUGUCUUGCCCGGGUGUGGGGUCCACGAGGAUUCGUCUCACGUUAUAUUUAGAUUCGGCGACAGCGGUGUCUGGGAUUUCAUGUGCGGCCUCGGGGCGGACAGGAAACAGGCUUCUUCUCGGACGAGCAGUGUGGACCCCUCGACUGAGAGGCGGAGAGAAGCAAGGACGAGGAGGGAGGGGGCUGUGAUGUGGAACGAAAACCGCGUCAGAGCAACCUAAAGAAGGUUAAAGAGGAAGGAAUGGGCGUUGGUCUCCGUCCCGUCCACUCGACCAAAAACGCCCUCCUCCCCUUCUCCCACUCUCCUUCCGUCUCCCCCCUUAUUCCUGGGCAGAGAACAUAAAAUAUGUGAAAGAAACGACUUACAAGACAGAGGCGAAUAAAAAGAAAGAAAGCCACCCGUGAAUCUCUGUUAGCAUCUAUAUGAUCCAUCGACGACGACAGCGACGAUUCGGAAGGUGGAGAUCUGGAGGGGGAGGAGGAGGAGGAGGAGGAGAGGGUAAAGAAGAGGAAGGAGAGACAAGAUGAUGGGAGAUGGCGGGGUAAAGCAGAUCCUGGCCAAGCCGAUUCAGCUGGCGGACCAGGUGAGUAAAUGGGCGGACGACGCCCACUCGUUCAAGCAGGACUGCGCGGAGCUGAAGGCCAAAACGGAGCGCCUGGCGGGGCUGCUGCGGCAGGCCGCUCGCGCGGAUCUCUACGAACGCCCCACCCGCCGCAUCAUGGACGACACGGAGCAGGUCCUGGACAAGGCCCUCGCCCUCGUCGAGAAGUGCCGCGCCCAUGGCCUUGUCCGCCGCCUCUUCACCAUCAUCCCCGCCACCGCGUUCAAGAAGAUGUCCACCCAGCUCGACAACUCCAUCGGCGACGUCUCCUGGCUCAUCCGCGUCUCCUCCUCCUCUGGCUCCGACGACGGCGACUUCGACACCCACCUCGGCCUCCCCCCCAUCGCCCAGAACGAGCCCAUCCUCUUCCUCAUCUGGGAGCAGAUCGCCACCAUGCACACCGGCUCCCUCGACACCCGCGCCGACGCCGCCGCCAGCCUCGUCUCCCUCGCCCGCGACAAUGAUCGCUACGGCAAGCUCAUCAUAGAGGAGGACGGCGUUGGCCCCCUCCUCCGCCUCGUCAAGGAGGGCCGCCCCGAGGGCCAGGAGAGCGCCGCCCACGCCAUCGGCCUCCUCGCCCGCGACCCCGAGAGCGUCGAGCAGAUGGUCCUCGCCGGCGUCUGCUCCGUCUUCUCCAAGGUCCUCAAGGACGGCCCCAUGAAGGUCCAGGCCAUGGUCGCCUGGGCCGUCGCCGAGCUCGCCGCCAGCCACCCCAAGUGCCAGGACGUCUUCGCCCAGAACCACGUCGUCCGCCUCCUCGUCAGCCACCUCGCCUUCGAGACCGUCCAGGAGCACAGCAAGUACACCGUCCCCUCCAAGGGCAUCUCCAUCCACUCCGUCGUCUUGGCCAACAACAGCACCAACACGACCGUCAACGCCGCUGCGGCGAUGGCCCUCGACAACGGCGCCGAGCAGCCCCUGGUCAAGCAUCCGAACACGAUCACAGACCAGAACGCCAGCAAGAACCAGAUGCACUCCGUGAUCGAGUCCACUAUGGCCGCCAAAUCCAGUAAAACCCCGGCCAACACCAAAGGCCACACGAACCCCCACGUCGCCGGUAGCAACGGCAAGCAGCAAAAGGUGCCUCUCUCCGGAGCCAGCAUCAAGGGGCGGGAGUUCGAGGACCCGGCCACCAAAGCCUACAUGAAAUCCAUGGCCGCGAAGGCCCUGUGGCAGCUCGCCAAGGGCAAUCCCUCCGUCUGCAAUAGCAUCACCGAGUCCCGGGCCCUCCUCUGCUUCGCGGUGCUCCUCGAGAAAGGGGCGGAAGAGGUCCAGUACUAUUCCGCCAUGGCCCUGAUGGACAUCGCGCGCGUGGCGGAGCAGCAUUCGGAUCUCAGGCGGUCCGCGUUCAAGCCGAGUUCGCCGGCGGCGCGGGCGGUGGUCGACCAGCUUCUGAGGAUCGUAGAGAAGGCCGACUACGACGACCUCCUCGUCCCCUGCAUCGUCGCAUUAGGCAGCUUGUCGAGGACCUUCCGGGCGACGGAGACCCGGAUCAUAGCGCCGCUGGUUCGGUUGCUCGACGAGAGGGAAGCCAUCGUGUCCAAAGAGGCCGCGAUCGCCCUGACCAAGUUCGCCUGCACCGACAACUACCUCCACCUCGAUCACUCCAAGGCCAUCAUCAAUGCGGGAGGGGCGAAAGACCUGGUUCAGCUGGUGUAUUUUGGCGAACAGGCAGUGCAGGUGGCGGCAUUGAUCCUGCUGUGCUACAUCGCGCUGCAUGUGCCCGACAGCGAGGCGCUGGCCCAGGCCGAGGUCCUCACCGUGCUCGAGUGGUCUUCCAAGCAGGGGUACAUGGUUCAGGACCCGACCGUGGACACCUUGUUGCCGGAGGCAAAGGUGAGGCUGGAGCUGUACCAGUCGAGGAGUCGCAGAGGGUACCACUGAGAGUCCUCCACCACCCCCCCCCCUCCCCCACCCCAAAGAGCACACCCCUUUCCGAGUCUCCGAUUGCCAGGAAUGUACAUACAUACAUACAUACAUACAUACUUCUCCUUCCGUAUGCAUCCUUAAAAAGGUUACGUUGCACGCCCAAAACACCAUUUUGUUCGUCUGAUUUGUGGAACGCGCGUGCUUGCUGAAUUCAUGAUGGCUUAAGUCUGGGAAAUUUUGGUA